CUUCCCCGCAUUUGGAUCCUCACCUCCGCUUCACUCACCUUCGCACCCCUGACACCACCAGCUGAAGGACGGAUGCCUAAGUUAGAUAAGCUUCAGUAUCCCUCCUCCUCCUCCUCCUCCUUCAUCACUCCUCUCAGCUGGAGCCCCUCCCUUCCUCCGAUACCGCCACGCACGAACGCAACGCUCCAGCUGAGCAGUCAGACUUCAUCUGAGGUCCCAAAAGUCCCUCGUCAUCGUCAUCUUCACCAUCAGCUGAUCUGCAAAGACCGGGUAGAGAAGAGAGCGGACUUUUUUCACCCACUGAUGACAGAUGCUUGCAGAAAAGUGACGCAAACCGGACUGCGGGCGCAGUGGACUUUAAGGAACCAAGUCCCGAACGCACGCGCGGAUUCAGACACCAAACAUGAACUCCAGGAGUCAGACCCAGAGUCUGUCAGACUCCAGAGAGCUGGACAGGUCCUAUGACCCGCUCACAGGUGAUCCUCCAUCCAAACCCAUCAAAAAGACCUUGAAGCAGCACUUCCUCAAACUGCUGCCCUGCUACCACUCUGGCUUGAGGUCUUCAAAUUCUCAGCGAAGCACGUCUGAUGAGGGUGAGGUGUCGACAGUGUGUUACAGACCAGAGGGCCUCGACAGCCUCGUUCAGCAGACCAAGUUCACCAAGAAGGAGCUGCAGGUCCUCUACCGAGGUUUUAAAAAUGAAUGUCCCAGUGGUGUUGUGAGUGAGGAGACAUUUCAGAGCAUCUACUCACAGUUCUUUCCUCAGGGAGACUCAAGUAUGUAUGCACACUUCCUGUUUGAAGCUUUCGACACGCACAACCACGGAUCUGUUAGCUUUGAAGACUUUGUUGUGAGUCUAUCCAUCAUCCUGAGAGGCUCCAUCACCGAUCGACUCAACUGGGUCUUCAAUCUUUAUGAUCUCAACAAGGAUGGCUGCAUCACCAGAGAGGAGAUGACAGAAAUGAUGCACUCCAUCUAUAACAUGAUGGGGAAGCACACGUACCCCAGCUUGAGGGACAGCGCUCCAAAGGAACACGUCAACAUCUUCUUCCAGAAAAUGGACAAGAAUAAAGACGGAGUUGUCACCGUGGAGGAGUUUUUGGAGAUGUGUCAAAAGGACGGGAACAUCGUGCAGUCCAUGCACAUGUUUGAUAACGUGAUCUGAAUUCAAACAGGAGACCUGAAGUUCCCCGUCUUCCUGGAGCAGGACUGUGUGUGUGUGUGAGUGGAGGGUUUCUACUUUAAAGCCACCUUUCCUAAAACUGGAAGAGACGGAGCAGAAGGAGACAGUUUCUGAGUCGGCUCGUGCUCUGAUGGUAGAAAGCUUCAAGUCUGAGCGGAAGCGACGGUCUCCAUGGUAACAUCCUCCUGUCCUCACAAACUCCGCACCACCGUUUACUGUAGCGGGCUCUGAAGCCUGCAUGAAGCUCUUCCUUUACCGACCACUCGAUGAAACAUUUUCCACAGGAAACGGUUCCACUGACAGUGAAACGAAUAAAAACAGA